GCUCCCGCAGCUGCACGGCGCUUAUUUAGAUAGUUUAGUAACCAGAAAUCCCCCUGGGAAUAAAUCCAUGUUAUUACACACGUAUGGACGACGGAGAGUGAAGCAUUUGGGAAACACGGACCCCACUUUGGAGUACAGUUUUCACGACUUGUUGGAAGCUUAAAAGCGGGUUCCGGUGGCGAUAUUUUUUUCUGUCAGGAAGUUUGACGUAUUCGGUUGAAGAUUGUUUCUUACUUUGUUUUGGUUUGGGGGAACGUUGUGGAUUGCUGUAAGCAACAGAAACCGCACGAAAUCUCUGUGACUCAGUAAAGACUGCGUUUUUUUCAUAUUAAAAUCUGUUAGGAGCUUUCAUGAGUACUUCAGGAACCGUAAUGUAAGAGCUGAAGCUCUGCGGAGUGCAAACACCGAUGGAGUUUAUCAUACUUGGCUUCUUUUGACAUAUGAAUAAUUUGAAUUUAUAUGUAUAUUAACACGAUACGUGUAUAUUUGUUUCUGCUAGUGUCAUUUCAGUCAGUUUUUGCUACAAGUUUGAACUCCAUCAUGACUGAAUCAAAUCCCCCUGCACUGUUUUUAUAGGCCUUUAUGUAUUCUUACAUGUGUAUGUUUAUGGCCAUAAUUAAGUUGCAGUGCAAUGCAGUUGUAUGCAAAGUAAAGAUAUCUGCAGCCUAGAUUAUUUUGGACUCCAACCUGGCAACACAGAGAAGGAAAAUCUGCAAACUUAGCAGGAAGAGAGGCUGUAAUCACGGAAAUCGGUCGGUCUUUUCCUCUGGCGGAGCUGUUACUCAGAAAUGGAUUUCAUACAGGCCACACGGUUAUUGUUACACCUUGUUUGGUAGUUUAAUGUUCGUGUUUUAUGGGAUAUAGCUCCCUGGCCUGCGAGCCUGAAAGUGUAGAUACCGUGUGUGGCAAAUGUGACAAUGUUUUGGAAAUUUAAGUUUUCCAAAGAUCCGAGGUUGCAGUGGAGCAGAAGUUUGUCUCUGGGCCACAGCUGGAGCAGCCCGAUGUAGGCUUUUUUCCAUCGGAACAUUUUCUCUGUAAAGCUCCCAGCUGUCUGAUGUUUUUGUUUUUACUACCUGGAAAUUACCCGUGUGUGUGAGCGCUUUAAUUUUCCGUUGAAGAAGACGAGUUACCUGGGGGGGUCAGCCCCGCCAUGGCGCCCCUACUCUCACACACGCUCCCCGGUGUGUCGGUCUGACUGAGGGCUCCGAUGGACGUGAGCAACGGCCGGACCUACUGCGUCAUCCCUAACGCGAGACACCGGUGACCGACUGUCGGCUGCACGCAAAACAAGCCUGGUCUUGUCCCAACGAAGGUUGUCAAGGUGACAGGCUGUGGGCGGGUUGGCAAGUUUCUGAAGACUUGUUUGUUGACCACAUAUGCAAAUAUCGCCACAAUGAAUGAGAGGCAGGCUCUCCACUCUAUAAUGAAGGACCUGGUUGCCCUCCAGAUGACACGGCGCCAGCCUGUGCUGUCGUAUGACAGCGGCAAACCCAAGGCACCGGCCCAAGCCAACAGACAGGACGAUGUGAGGAUAAAGUUUGAAUUCUCAGGCGAGCGGAGGAUCCUGAUGUUUGGGAGGCCCGUGCAGUUCGAUGAAAUCCAGCAGAAAGUCAAGGCUGUCUUUGGCCAGCAGCUAGACCUGCAUUAUAUGAACAAUGAGUUGUCCAUCCCUCUGCGAGAUCAGGAUGACCUAGACAAGGCAAUCGACCUGCUGGACAGAAGCUCCAACAUGAAGAGCAUCAGGAUCCUGCUGCUCACUCAGGAGCACAGCAAUGCCUCCUCCCCCUCCCACCAUGUGCCAUGCAAGCAGGUGAGGAUCAAGUCCUCCCAGUCCACUGGAGACGUCAGCACGGUGUAUCAGUCCUCCGAGCCCAGGGGGCACCACCUAUCAACUGGUUCUCAGAACACGGGGCGUAGCUCACCGCCUCCUGGCUACGUACCUGAACGUCAGCAGAGGAUCGCCCGCCAAGGUUCAUACACCAGCAUAAACAGUGAAGGGGAGUUCAUCCCUGAGACCAGUGAUCAGUGUGUGUUGGAUCCCUGGAGCAGUGCAGAAAACUCUGUCUCUGGAAGCUGUCAGUCUCUGGACAGCAACUCAGACAGCCCCUCACUGAGGAAGUCUCGCAUGCACAGAGCCAAGAGUUACCCUGAUAAUCGUCAGGAGUGCUCAGACAGGGAGAAUCAUGUGUAUGACAGGGUAGCAGGGAAAGGAGGCACCUACCCUCGUAGGUACCACGUCUCCCUGCAUCACAAGGACCACAGUGAAGGCCGACGGACGUUUCCGCGGAUCCGUCGCCCCCAGGGCAACCUGUUCACUCUGGUGCCCUCGCGCCGGUCGCUCAACGGCAGCGAGGAGAGUUUGGGCAGCUGGCAGCUGGUCGAUGCUCAGGGCAGGCUCCGUCCCCAAGAUCGUUCUGUUCCACAUAAGUCACCCAGUGCUCCGAUGACGUGGCGGCGGGGGAAGCUUCUGGGCCAGGGAGCGUUUGGACGAGUUUACCUGUGUUACGAUGUGGAUACUGGGAGGGAGCUGGCUGCCAAGCAGGUCCAGUUUGACCCUGACAGUCCUGAAACCAGCAAGGAGGUCAGUGCUUUAGAGUGUGAAAUCCAGUUGCUGAAAAAUUUGCAUCACGAGCGCAUUGUUCAGUACUACGGCUGUUUGAGGGACCACAAUGAGAAGACCCUCACUAUUUUCAUGGAGUACAUGCCGGGGGGUUCAGUCAAAGACCAGCUGAAGGCCUAUGGGGCACUGACAGAAAACGUGACCCGAAAGUACACAAGGCAGAUCCUGGAGGGCAUGUCCUACCUGCACAGCAACAUGAUCGUACACCGGGACAUCAAAGGUGCCAACAUCCUGCGGGAUUCAGCGGGCAACGUGAAGCUUGGAGAUUUUGGUGCCAGCAAGAGGCUGCAGACCAUCUGCAUGUCUGGCGCUGGCAUCCGCUCUGUGACCGGCACCCCCUACUGGAUGAGCCCGGAGGUGAUCAGUGGAGAGGGCUAAGGCAGGAAGGCUGAUGUCUGGAGCCUUGGUUGUACGGUGGUGGAGAUGCUGACAGAAAAGCCUCCAUGGGCUGAAUACGAGGCCAUGGCGGCCAUAUUCAAGAUCGCCACCCAGCCCACCAACCCACGGCUGCCCUCGCACACCUCCGACCAGGCACAGGACUUCAUAAGCUGCAUUUUUGUGGAGGCCAAACACAGACCCAGUGCUGAGGAGCUGCUCAGACAUCCCUUCUCCCAGAUUCUGUGCUGAAACCUGCCUAGUUUCUGAACUUUAACCACAGAGUAGCCUCAGCAGUAUCUGUAGCUUCCUGAAAGCCAUCCACGGCAGAAAUCCAGAUGGUGAACUGGUCUAGAAGUCAGUGUUUAACCCACUGAACCUCUGCCCUUCUUACACAAAUCCAAAUAACAAGGCAGUCCGACAACAACUGUCAUCAAUGCCUUGAAAACCAAUGCCAGUAAAUGCUCUUACAAGAGUCACCACCAGGGGGAAACCAAACAUUAAGUAUCUGGUGGGCUGCUGAUCUUUCUCAGAUACAAACACGCGCACACACUCCAAAGGCAGCAUCAUUCAAGUCAAGCAGUCUCCAAAAAAUAUCCUCUCCUGUGUUUACAUUCACACGUUGGGCAGUUGUGAAAAACUGAAGCCAAGGAAGCCUCACAGUGUUUGACAUUUAAACAUCUAGCUCAGCACCAUUUUAAAGCUACAGGUCACCACAGUGUGAAUUGGUUUGUUCUCUCAUUUCCACUUCAUCUCUGUCUCGUUUUAAAAAAGAAAACCCUUAAACUAGAGCUCUGUUGAAACAGCUUAAGCUAUUAGUGAAGCACUUUGCAGUUCUGACUGCAUGUUUGUGUAGAUUGAGUGAAAUAGAUGAAGCAACGAUACAUGGAGACGUGUAGAGUAGCUACACUGGAGUUUAGUAGAGCAGUAAUUAAUGUUAAACACACCAAGGUAUUUUUUGGUUCGAGCCCUACAUAUUUUACCAUGGUCUAGUAAUCUUGCAGGUAGAAAUUAAAGGUACACUAUGCAGGAUUGUCUGUUACCAUUUCGCCUGCACAAGCGAAAGUAAAAGCCAACCCCAGAUUCACUUGUUUGGCGUUCUGCCUCACUGUAUUUGCGUAUAUGGGUGCUGUGUCUCUUGGAUGCCUGCUGCUUACUGUCUGGCACCCAGGCGCUACCUUUUCAUAAAACCCUGAUCUCACCUGAGCGCUUUGGGGAUACAUGGCCAUAAAUAUCAUGAGCAUAGAAAACAAGAAGAAAAUAGAAAAAUACAGGCAGAGGACCAGAGUCUCUGCAGAAAAAUACAGCACUGCACUGAAAGUGAGUCGUAAGUGAUGAUUGAGGGGAAUUACUUCUGUAUGAGUUCAUAUAUUGUUUUUAAAGAAAAUCCUGCAUAGUAUAUCUUUUAUAAUAAGAGCUAAAUACAUAUGUUUCUCCACUGAUAGUACCUUCGGUGGACCUUUAUGUCUGUUAUGUGUUUCUGUUACAUUCAAGUCACAGUGAGAAGCAUCUGUUUCCGUGUAAAUAAUUACCUGGUGAUCUUUGAUUUGUGUUUAACAACACUUACUGCUGUGCAUUUGGAUGUAAAACUAUUCAGUCUACUGCACAGCAAAAAGAUUUUUAACUCUUUUAAAUUUGCAAUUACACACAAAUAUAACUGAUGACUUUUUAAAAAAUAUAUAUAUAUAUGGUUCACAACGUCAUUACCAGCUAGCAUCUUUGCUGUACUGUUUUUCUUGGUUGUACAAAAAUGGCAAGGACAUAUCUUGUCCAGCUACUGGGAUAGAAAAUACAGACAUAAAUUGACAAACUUACUACAAAAUCUUUAUUUUAUUUUUUUGGUUCAUAGUGCAGCAAAUGGGAUUUUUUUUUUCUUCGUCCAGAUGGUCAGAAGACCAGCGCAGUGGUUUAAGAUUUAUUUUUCAGAAAAACAAAUGCUUAGCUCUGUGGCUUAAAAGUAAUUGUAACAUGAGAGGCACAAACUGAGGCUUUGCAGCUACAACACCUGAUUUAAGUCAAAGGCUCUUUAUUUUCUCUUGCUUCACUGUUUCCGUUCUUCUACCUGUAAAACUAACCAGUUGAGUCUUGGGCUGCCUACAUUCAAAAUUCUAGCCUAAAUUACAAGAAUCAGUGCAUUUUAAUACAGUUUAUCAAAUAAUACACUCACAUAAAGCAUGAGGAUGACAAGUGGAGUUUUCCUUUUAAGAUUUUUCUCUUUAAAAUGAGUCCUCUGUCUUGUACUACCUUUCACCUCAGUGUGACUUAUCCCUCUACCCGCCAUCCUCUUAUUGUGGCUCUUCAGUAUCUCAUGUUUAUUGCUGACCAAGUGCCAAAAAGGGGCAGAUGAAAUAUUAUGUUACAGACUUGGUAUGAGUUAUAUGUGAAAGUAAAGCAGAUGGUGCUUUUUAUGGUUUGGAAAAUACAAACUAAAGGCCUUAAUUUGGAAGUGAUUUCCUUUGCCUAACUGUUGAUGUGUGUCUGGCCCAAACAUCCCUGACUGAGAAGCCUUAGCUUACGGAUCAAUUUGAAAUCAGAUGCACUUUUAUGUCACAUGAAUGUUGUGGAGUUUUUGUUCUCUUUACCAAAUUUGAUUUUUUUUAUCUUCAAAUGUGAAAAUUUUUUUUCAUUUUUAUUUAUAUCCCCAUGUCCAUCCCAAUUAGAUUUUUAUAAGCAAAUAUAUAUGUAUAAAUAUAUUUUUUAUAUCUAGACUGUGUCAAAUCUAAUGAUACUUUCAGGACUUUGUGUCAUUAAAAGUAAAUCAUUGAAAGCAGCUGGUUUUGCAGACAUUACAGAAUUGGGGUUUAUAAAUGAAAAAUGGGUGGAAAACGAACUCUGGCUGCCUGGUUCUUGUUCCAGCUCAAAAAAAGAAACCUUUCCACACAUUCGUAGCUAUACAUUUAGAUGACAGUGUUACCUGGCAGGUUAUGGAAACUUUGUAUCAUUUGCUCAUUCUGCUUUGACGCAUCAGUGAGGUUUCAUGAAUGAAACCUUUAACUGCUGGGAGUAUUUUUUGUGUGAGCUCAGUUGUUAGUGAAAUGUAAUUAAAGGGUGUGCAUGAGCCAAAGACGAGCAGGAUCAGAGCCAGUGCUGGAUUUCAGAGUUCGCUGUUCAACCCAGAUGACGACUUUGUUUAUCCCAGGGUUCAGACGCGUCCAGUAUUGAAUGACUUUCUGGGCAAAGGGCUUGACGUUGCCUGAAGGCUAACAUGAGAACGUUCUAAGGGGCUGCUACAGGCUAAAGGCAGCUAAAAUAUGUUGAAAAUAAUAUUUUGUUUAAAAGACAGCGAGAUAAAGAACCCUGUGGUAAGCAAAUGAAUACAAGCUAGUUGUUUAGAGAUCUAUAUAUGUAAAUGUAUGAUUAUGUAUCAUGACAGGACUUGCAGUGCAAAGUCUGAUGUAUCAAAUUUAUUUUACAGCAAGAAAAGAAUAGUAUGUUUAAUGACAGUGUUUAUAUGUCAUGUCCUCUCCCCAAAACAAAUAAAUUGUUUAUAAAAAAUG